GAGACUUGGUCGUGACUGCGGACCUGCGAGGAUGCUGGCGCCGGGUGCGGGCUGUUCCUCCGCCCGGCGUGAUGGAGCGGGCCGGUGAGUGGAACAAAGGCACCGGCCCGGAGGAGCGGAUCCUCGGCUGAACAGCGCGGCUCGUGCGCCGCGACGGCUGCUGCGGGCGAGGGUGGUGGCUGUGUGGCUCCCGGGGUGGCGCGCUCAUCCGCGGGCAGACGGCGAGCCCUGAGCCCGGCACCUGCGCGCCGCUCCCGCCCCGCUCCCGACUAGCUGGGUCUGCCUGCCCACCGGCCCCGGGGUUUGCGGCCGCCGCGGCCCAAGGUUCAGAGGCGAACCCCUUUCUGGUGCAGAGGAGAGACCCUCCACCCCCGCCCCGACCUUUCGCCGCCAAUCCUGGAAGGGGUUGCGCUCUGUGGACUGAACAGGCGUCUCGGGGAGCACUUCUGCAGACCCAGUGCUUCCAUGUGAGCGACUGCACUCUCUCCUGACCACCCGGUCCUCCCAGCCGUCUCUGCUGCUGGAGCUUCUGCACUUCGGGGCCAGCAGCAGCUGGGAUCCUCGCCCGCCGCCAGGUGUGUGAGGCUCGCACAGCCCCAAGGCUGUCCCGCGCCUCACCGGAGUCUGAGGGGGCGCGGGUCCGGGGCGAGGGCCGGCCGGGUUGUUUGAUGGCUUCACUGAGAAGAGUCAAAGUGCUGCUGGUGUUGAACUUGAUUGCGGUGGCCGGCUUCGUGCUCUUCCUGGCCAAGUGCCGGCCCAUCGCGGUGCGCAGCGGAGACGCCUUCCACGAGAUCCGGCCGCGCGCCGAGGUGGCGAACCUCAGCGCGCACAGCGCCAGCCCCAUCCAGGAUGCAGUGCUGAAGCGCCUCUCGCUGCUAGAGGACAUCGUCUACCGGCAGCUGAAUGGCUUAUCCAAAUCCCUGGGGCUCAUUGAAGGUUACGGUGGGCGGGGCAAAGGGGGCCUUCCUGCUACCCUUUCCCCGGCCGAAGAGGAAAAGGCCAAGGGUCCCCACGAGAAGUACGGCUACAAUUCCUACCUCAGUGAAAAGAUCUCGCUGGACCGUUCCAUCCCGGAUUAUCGUCCCACCAAGUGUAAGGAGCUCAAGUACUCCAAGGAGCUGCCCCAGAUCUCCAUCAUCUUCAUCUUUGUGAAUGAGGCUCUGUCGGUGAUCUUGCGCUCGGUGCACAGUGCCGUCAACCACACGCCCACACACCUGCUCAAGGAGAUCAUCCUGGUGGACGACAACAGUGACGAAGAGGAGCUGAAGGCCCCGCUGGAGGAGUAUGUGCACAAGCGCUACCCCGGGCUGGUGAAGGUGGUGCGUAACCAGAAGAGAGAGGGCCUGAUCCGCGCGCGCAUCGAGGGCUGGAAGGUGGCCACCGGCCAGGUCACCGGCUUCUUUGACGCCCAUGUGGAGUUCACUGCUGGCUGGGCUGAGCCAGUCCUGUCCCGCAUCCAGGAGAACCGGAAGCGAGUGAUCCUCCCCUCCAUCGACAACAUCAAGCAGGACAACUUUGAGGUGCAGCGCUACGAAAACUCUGCCCAUGGCUACAGCUGGGAGCUGUGGUGCAUGUACAUCAGCCCCCCGAAGGACUGGUGGGAUGCCGGGGACCCUUCUCUCCCCAUCAGGACGCCAGCCAUGAUCGGCUGUUCCUUCGUGGUCAACAGGAAGUUCUUUGGGGAAAUCGGUCUUCUGGACCCUGGAAUGGACGUGUACGGAGGAGAAAACAUCGAGCUGGGAAUCAAGGUGUGGCUCUGUGGGGGCAGCAUGGAGGUCCUGCCUUGCUCCCGGGUGGCUCACAUUGAGCGGAAGAAGAAGCCGUACAACAGCAACAUUGGCUUCUACACUAAGAGGAACGCUCUCCGGGUGGCUGAGGUCUGGAUGGACGAUUACAAGUCUCACGUGUACAUAGCAUGGAACCUGCCCCUGGAGAACCCGGGGAUCGACAUCGGCGACGUCUCCGAGAGGAGGGCCCUAAGGAAGAGUCUGAAGUGUAAGAACUUCCAGUGGUACCUGGACCACGUCUACCCGGAAAUGAGGAGAUACAACAACACCGUGGCCUACGGGGAGCUUCGCAACAACAAGGCCAAGGACGUCUGCCUGGACCAGGGGCCGCUGGAGAACCACACAGCCAUACUGUACCCGUGCCACGGCUGGGGACCGCAGCUUGCACGCUACACCAAGGAAGGCUUCCUGCACCUGGGGGCCCUGGGGACCACCACACUGCUCCCUGACACCCGCUGCCUGGUGGACAACUCCAAGAGCCGGCUGCCCCAGCUCCUGGACUGCGACAAGGUCAAGACCAGCCUCUACAAGCGCUGGAACUUCAUCCAGAAUGGAGCCAUCAUGAAUAAAGGCACAGGGCGCUGCCUGGAGGUGGAGAACCGGGGCCUGGCCGGCAUUGACCUCAUCCUCCGCAGCUGUACAGGACAGAGGUGGACAAUCAAGAACUCCAUCAAGUAGCCAGAGGAGCUGGGCCACCGGGCGCCCAGCCCAGGACAGGGCCAGUCCGUCCUCAGGCCCAGCCCACGUGGUGGAGAGAGACAACAGGGGCCAACAGGUGCUGGGUGGGGCCCAGGCUCCUGCAGGACAGCCGGGGACCCCAGAGGAAGACUCCAUGUCCCCUGUGGCGUUCAGCCACCCUAAGUUUCCUACACCCUGGAAAAGCCCCCGAUGCUUCUCUGGGAAACCAGGAGCUGUCCUCUGCAUCCCCAGAGGUGGCCUGGGACCAAGGGGCGAGACUGUCCAUACCUCUGCACCAUCUCCCACCCCAGGGUCAGCAUCUGGGCCUGGCAGGGUCCCCUCCUCUUCUCAUCCUUUGCCGCCGCAGCAGCUUCUGAAUUUCAACCCCACCCUCAGUGAAAUGGGGCGGGUGGAGCCUCAGCCACAUUGGAGACCCACCCUCGAGAGGGCAGGAGCCUCCAGACCCCAUUUCCACUGAGGUUGCUUCUGCUCAGAUGCCUCCUCAAGCCCAAGGCAGGUGCUGUCCCCGAAACAUCCCAUCAGGGUGGCUUUGGGGCUACAGCUCUGGCGCCAGGUUCCUAUGAACGCUCAUGGACCAGCAGCCCAGCCUAUGUCCUGCUGAAGGGCCCCACAGGUGGGAGCCAGGCUGAGGCCACAGUCCUGGCUCUUGGAGCAGCCAAGGUCUCCCUGCAGCGAGAGGGCCGCAGAAGCCAGCCUGGAGCCCGCAGAGGAAGCUCAGAAGACCUGCUCUGCUCGCCGCAGUGCAGGCCACGCUGGACCCUGGGCAGGGAACAGCCAUGUCCUCCUGGGAGUGGGGAGUGUUGCUUCUUUCCAAUUGCCCUCUGGUUAGGGUGCACUUGUAAAUCAGAGUUAAUAUAUGGACGCGUGCGUGCACGGAGCGAGUGGCCAGGUGCGUGUGUCUGAGUGUGAGUGUGUGGUAGAGCAGAGGCAGCGCGGGGCCUCGACUGCUCGACUGCCCCAUGGGACGAGCUGCUGAGGAGCCGGGGGUCGGCCCCACGUUCCAGCGGAGGACGAGACUUAGCCUUGCCUGCUGUGGUGCCCCUCUGCCGCUUACCCCUCUGCCAUGGCCGUCCUUGGCCAACCCUGCCCGGAACCAAACCCUGUAGCUGCCCCGUUGCCCUGCGUGGGGUUCCCAGAGUCUCCUCCGGUGACAUCCCGUUGGCGAUCUCCCCGCCCCAUCUCCCACCUGUGAAA